AUGACUGCUCAGGCUACUGUCAUCUGCGUUCCUUCGAACAAGUUUAUGGCGACAAAGAAGCAUAAUUUCGACAAUGAGGCGUACUUAACUGUUAUUCUUCCAUGCUAUUUGAUAAGAAGUUGGCUUAAAACUUUAACAACUUUUUAUUUAAAGUAUUACCGAAAUGGCGUAAAAAUGGAAGAUAAGCGGUGCAAAUUGCAUCUGCUAGAGAAAAGAGGUAAUGCUGUGGAUCACACAAAACUGGCAAAGAUUAACUUUUCAACUUCAAUAAAUUCACGUUUUAAGUUUGUUUUUGGUUGUAAAAAGGUAGUAAAAGAGAGAAGGAAGACUCCACUGCUAAUAGGCAUUUAUUACUUGCCAAAUAAUAUAUGGAGGAGUUUCCCUUCACCAAAAAAUGGUUUUUGUUUAAAGGUUUUUUUACAAGGCUAG